UCUCACUCACUCACUCCCCCCCCUGCCCUCUCCUCUCCUCACCUCGCGCCCGUCACCAUGGCGAUCAGCCAGUUCCGAGUGUUCAAGCUGUGCUCCUGCCUGGCCUGGCUGCUCUCCUUCAUCAAGAGACUCGUCUGCAGGUCUGGAAGAGGUAGGAAGUUGAGUGGAGAUCAAAUAACCUUGCCAACAACUGUCGAUUAUACGUCCGUUCCUAAACAGGUUGAGGUAGAAGAAUGGAGUUCCUGGGAUGAGGAUGGUCCAACCAGUAUUAAGAUUGAAGGAGGCAGUGGUAAUCUGCAGAAUGGUACUGGAGAAUCUGACGAGCCUGACUACUUUAAAGACAUGGCACCAACCAUAAGAAAACCUCACAAGAUUAUUAUUAAGAAGAAAGAACCAAUAAAUUUUGGGAUACAAGAUGGCAGUUUGGGAUACUCCAGCAGGCUAGCAGCUACGCAGGACAUUGCCUUCAAUCAGCCAACGGUAGAACUGGGGGAUCUGGAUACUUGGCAGGAAAAUACUAAUGCAUGGGAAGAAGAAGGAGAUGCUACCUGGGAGGCGGAGGAAGUACUUAGACAGCAGAAGCUUGCAGAGCGGGAGAAGCGAUCUGCUGAACAGCAAAGGAAGAAGGUGGAGAAGGAUGCACAAAGGUUAUUGAGAAAGGAACAGAGUAAAAUUGCUGUGAAACUUUCAUAACCUUCAGUGUUUGGACUUGCAGCUGUAAGCAGGUGAACAAGAUCCGGUUCUGCAAUGUCGCCUGUUAUCAGCUUGCUUUUGGUGAACAAUGUUUUCCUAAGUAGUUACUACUGAUGUGCAUUGCACCACUGAGCAUGUAUUUUAACUCGAGUCUCCAUUUGAUGCUUGGGAAUCUUCGUGGAUUACUGGAAAUCACUGGGAUAAAAUACAAGAUUUUUACAGUGUAUAUAUACAUUUUUUUUUGUUCUCAGCCUCCACAUCAGUGCAUUGUCAAGUGCGAUUCCUUACUGCACAAAUUCCUGAACAUCAAACCAGAUUAUUCUAUGGAAUGAUUCAGAUUCCCCAGCUAUGUAUAAGAAUAUGCGUAGCUGGAUGGACAUAAUUUAUCUGCUGCGUGUAAAAAUAUCUUUCAUUUGGAAUUCUCAGCAUAAAAGUGUGUGUUUCACGGUAAAGGGGGAGUGUUGGUUGACUGGCUUGUGGCUUUACUAAUUAGCCACCAGUUCUGUUUUGUUACUAGACACUGAAAUAUUACUAAUGAAAUCAAUGAAUUUCUUAAAAUAGGUUUGUGCUGUAUAUUCUUACAAUGUUUAUGAGCAAAACAAAUAAAUGCCAGAGAAUUACUACAUUGGGCUUGUACAUAUUCAGUCUGUCAAUUUGUCAGAUUAUAAUAAUUUAAGCAUUAACGUGUCAUUUUAUUGUUUCUGUUGGAUUUACCAAGAGUAGUUACCGAUUCAGUUCAAUAGAAUUGUAAUAUCCAAGAGUGGCAUUGCAGCGCAGAAUACAAAUUGCACAGGAAUCCUAAAGCAUACUGUAAUGAUACGAAGUUUAGUAUAUGUACCAGUCAUACAAUGUACACAAAAAUACGUUGGAUACUGCAUUAUAAAAUUUGAAAGCAUAUGUAAUAUAGCCCAUUGAGUAUCAUAUUGUGCCCUUUGGACACCAACAGAAUCAACUUGGAUUUGUGUCUUGCUCUUAAUCAAACAGCUUUAUUUUCAUACUGCAUGCUUGUUUCAAGCACCUUAACAUGGCUUGAGGUGUACUUGGAGUGAAAUUGUGUAUUUCAGUGAAAAUUGUCUUAUUCUGGUCAGUUUGUCAAAUGAAUUCUUUAAACCAGGGUUAAGUGUAAAGUAACUUUCUGCCAUUCUCUGGAAUAAGGUACAUCACUGUUCAGGUUUAGAAAAGGGAACAAUACAACUUAUUUUUCUUUGCUAUGUACUUGCACUAUUGUCAUAAUUCAUAUCCACCUGUUUGAAUUGUGCUGAUUUAAAUUAAAGGUGCUUACUGUACAGGUAA